GAGCGCAGAGCCUCGCCGCGUUCAACAAAGGCAGCCCGAGCGCGUGCGGCGUUUGCAACUCCAAAAUGCAGUCCCAACAGUACGUGCAGCCGCGUCGAAAAUUUGCAGCUGCCUUCCUGGCAUUCAUUUUCAUCUUGGCAGCUGUGGACACUGCUGAAGCAGGGAAGAAAGAGAAGCCAGAAAAAAAAGUGAAGAAGUCUGACUGUGGGGAAUGGCAGUGGAGUGUGUGCGUGCCCACCAGUGGGGACUGUGGCCUGGGCACCCGGGAGGGCACCCGGACCGGAGCCGAGUGUAAGCAAACCAUGAAGACCCAGAGAUGUAAGAUCCCCUGCAACUGGAAAAAGCAAUUUGGAGCGGAGUGCAAAUACCAGUUCCAGGCUUGGGGAGAAUGCGACCUGAAUACCGCCUUGAAGACCAGAACUGGAAGUCUGAAGCGAGCCCUCCACAACGCCGACUGCCAGAAGACAGUCACCAUCUCCAAGCCCUGUGGCAAGCUGACUAAGCCCAAACCUCAAGCAGAAUCUAAGAAAAAGAAAAAGGAGGGGAAGAAACAGGAGAAGAUGCUGGACUAAUAGAUGCCACCUUCUGUGGAACAUGAAAAGGACAUCAGCAAACAGGAUCAGUUAACUAUUGCAUUUAUACCUAUGUAGGCUUUUUAUUCAAAAAUUAUCUAUAGCUUAAGUACACAAUAGGCAGAAACAGAACAGAAAAAUUUUGUAGUAGUGCUUUUUUUUAAAUGUAUACCAUAGGACCACUAGGGGCUUAUAAUAAAGGACUGUAAUCCUAUUUAGAAAGUUGACUUAUAGUACAUGAUACAUGGUAGAAAAAUGAGGUAAGUUUUUUGAAGUUAUGUGAUAUUUUACAUUUAAAAUCUUUUUUUACUUUUUUUUUUUCUUUUGGCAGCAAUUUACGUGUUAUGACCAUGUAAACUACUUUUCUUGUUAGAUAAUUUUUUCACCUAGACUUUUUUUCCCAAUUGAGAAAACUCUAUACUAAACAAAGCAGCAAUAAAAUAUAAUCAUCCUA